AUGGCCCCUCGACUACGCUCUUCGUCCGCGCCUCUAUCCCCGAGCCUUCUCGGCUUGCCUCCAAUCGCCUCUCAUCCUUCGCCCCCUUCUCGCCCGAACUCCGAUUUCGAGCGUGCUUCGUCCACUCCUCUGUGCCUCUUUCCCCCACUUCUCAAAUCUCCACCUUCCCCAACUCUCGGUGACAAUUUCAUAUCUAGCUCCUUCAAGGCUAGCUCGAACCCUGUGCGGCAGCAGCCCAACUCUUGUCCGCCAAUGCCCACAGCCGCACCCCCUCUGCAGCAGCCCUCCACAGGUGGAACAGGGGAAGGCCCUCCUCUGCCACAGAUUGAUGCGGCUAAACCGCAGCUUUCCCCCUCUGCCCAGCCUCCUAAGAAGAACUGGAGCGAGCAUCUCUUUCCGGCGGCUCGUAAAAUGCAGCGAGUGGGAUCACCAGGUACGCAUGUUUCUGGAGUUCCAUUGGUAACCAUCCCAGAGGAAUCAUUGGAAGAAUCUUCCAAGGAGUGA